UUGUACUACCCGACUGACUACACGGUGUGCGGCUCGUGCUACCAGCAGCGCAACAAGGGCUCCUUCUGCCCGCUGUGCCGCCGCGCCUACCGCGCCGCCGCCUACCGCGACAUGAUCCGCUGCACCGCCUGCCGGAGGUACUGCUCUAUACAUGUGUACCCACACUUGUACUAUCUGACUGACUACACGGUGUGCGGCUCGUGCUACCAGCAGCGCAACAAGGGCUCCUUCUGCCCGCUGUGCCGCCGCGCCUACCGCGACAUGAUCUGCUGCACCGCCUGCCGGAGGUACUGCUCUAUACAUGUGUACCCACUUUUGUACUACCCGACUGACUACACGGUGUGCGGCUCGUGCUACCAGCAGCGCAACGAGGGCUCCUUCUGCCCGCUGUGCCGCCGCGCCUACCGCGCCGCCGCCUACCGCGACAUGAUCCGCUGCACCGCCUGCCGGAGGUACUGCUCUAUACGUGUGUACCCACACUUGUUCUACCCGACUGACUACACGGUGUGCGGGUCGUGCUACCAGCAGCGCAACGAGGGCUCCUUCUGCCCGCUGUGCCGCCGCGCCUACCGCGCCGCCGCCUACCGCGACAUGAUCUGCUGCACCGCCUGCCGGAGGUACUGCUCUAUACAUGUGUACCCACACUUGUACUACCCGACUGACUACACGGUGUGCGGCUCGUGCUACCAGCAGCGCAACAAGGGCUCCUUCUGCCCGCUGUGCCGCCGCGCCUACCGCGCCGCCGCCUACCGCGACAUGAUCCGCUGCACCGCCUGCCGGAGGUACUGCUCUAUACAUGUGUACCCACACUUGUACUACCCGACUGACUACACGGUGUGCGGCUCGUGCUACCAGCCGCGCAACGAGGGCGCCGUCUGCCCGCUGUGCCGCCGCGCCUACCGCGCCGCCGCCUACCGCGACAUGAUCCGCUGCACCGCCUGCCGGAGGUACUGCUCUAUACAUGUGUACCCACACUUGUACUACCCGACUGACUACACGGUGUGCGGCUCGUGCUACCAGCAGCGCAACAAGGGCUCCUUCUGCCCGCUGUGCCGCCGCGCCUACCGCGACAUGAUCCGCUGCACCGCCUGCCGGAGGUACUGCUCUAUACAUGUGUACCCACACUUGUACUACCCGACUGACUACACGGUGUGCGGCUCGACCUACCAGCAGCGCAACGAGGGCUCCUUCUGCCCGCUGUGCCGCCGCGCCUACCGCGCCGCCGCCUACCGCGACAUGAUCCGCUGCACCGCCUGCCGGAGGUACGUACACGGAGCUUGCGAUCCUGAAGCCGAACCGCAGCAGUACAGGCAAAAAAAAGAUCAAAAUCCUGCCUAUGAAUACAACUGCCCUAUUUGUAAAGCACACAUGCAAUUGACUGGCUCCAAGUCUGGCUCCUUUGAAGAAGACAGCUUGACGCAGAGUGGACAGGAUUCAUCAUACGGCGAUGAAAAUUCACAAGAGCAAGAUCCUCUUGCUAUAGAACCAAAAGGUGAUGUAGGUCUGGGAAAAGGAAAACCAUUUUCGGUGUCAUCAAAAGUGGCGAAGAAAAAGAUUGGCGGUUAUAAACUCAAGGGCGGGUACCCUCCCGCUGGUAAGCUGGGCUUCCAAAAGCGGCAAAGAUCUGUUCUAGAAUUUGGACGGAAAAGAGGCUCCAAGCCUAAAAUGAGGGGCGUGUUUGGAGUACCAGGGCUGGGCUUGCAAAGGCCUCAAGCGCCAGAUAACAAGACUCAAGAAGAUGAUCCAGGCGUAGAAAAUAAAUUAGUGUUGUGUUCGAGUAAAGACAAGUUUGUGCUGACGCAAGACUUGUGCGUAAUGUGCGGCGCUAUUGGGACGGAUUCCGAAGGCUGCCUUAUUGCUUGUGCGCAAUGUGGGCAAACAUAUCAUCCUUACUGUGUUAAUAUUAAGGUGUCGCAGGUGAUCGUGCGACAGGGCUGGCGCUGUCUGGACUGCACGGUGUGCGAGGGCUGCGGCACGCGCGGCGACGAGGCGCUGCUGGUGCUGUGCGACGACUGUGACACGGCGUGGCACACGUACUGCGCGCGGCCGCAGCUGGGCGACGUGCCGCGCGGCGCCUGGCGCUGCGAGCGCUGCCGCCGCUGCCUCGUGUGCGGCACGCGCGACACGCGCGCCUGGCGCGACAACUACACAGAAUGCGCUCCUUGUGCUUCUUUAGUGAUGUGUUGUGUGUGCUCGGAACCUUACUCGGAUGGCGAGCUGAUAAUUCAAUGCGAGACGUGUCGCCGAUGGCUACAUGCUUCCUGCGACUCAAUACGUAAUGAAAAUGAUGCUGAGAUAUGCUGUCGUGCGGGGUACAAGUGCGUGAUGUGCCGCGGGCGCGAGGUGCCGCCGCCGCACGUAGCGCAGGCGGCGGCGGCGCAAGCGGUGGCGGCGUGUGCGGGUGGCGCGGCGGGGUUAGGCGGCACAGGGGCCGGGGCGCGCGCAGGUGCCGCGCCGCGCCUCACCGCGCAGGAGCUGGGGCUGGCGGGCGAGUACUACGUGGACGACGUGUGCCUGUCGCAGCGCGGCGCGCACCACAUGAAGCAGCUUGAGGCCGACAUGGGCAUCACGCACACGCGCCGCAAGCGACGCUUCAAGAACGACAACACCGACAAGGAUGCCGUGGUUCAGAAUGCUGACAACGAGCUGGCUGAGGAUUCCAAGCCAGACAGCACCGCUGAAGUGAAAGAUGAACCUGGUGUGUCAUCAAACACAAAUCACAAAGAGGGCACGCUUUGGAAUGUGGCAAACGACGGUCCGCCACCCGAAGGUUUCACGGUAUAUACUAUAGAAUCCGGACUCACGGUUUUACGCAGAAAACGGCAGAGAAACCUUAACAAACUUGGUAUAGGCGGCUUUGUAGUUCGUCAGAGACAGACAACCAUAAAAGCACAAGCCGACGAGGAGAAGGAUGGAGACGGGACUCAGGCGUCUGGAGAAUCACCGAGUAAUAAGAGAAAGCCACGUCGCAAACCUCGUUCGAAGUUGAUGGAACAGUUUCCAUCUUACAUGCAAGAAGCGUUUUUCGGAAAAGAAUUACUAGAGCCCGUCAAGCCGGCUGUUAGUUCUACUGGCAAUAAUCCUUCGGAAAGUCCCGGUGGAUCAGUGCGUGCUACUACACCAGAGGGCUACCGAGAGCUGCGUGACUUCAAGCUUGAUUUUGAGAAUUCGGACAGUGAAGGCGAGGAUGUACUCGGUGCUUUGACUACUUUCAAUGACCACGACACAUCCUUUGUUAUUUCUCUGAAUACGGAAGAAAUAGAGCUCCUGAAUUCCUUAAAACCAAAAGAAGAAAAGGAUGAUUCAUCUACUAGCUUGAACCCUGAUGGUACUGUAAAAAUUAAACUUGAAAAUCCUGAAGAUGGGCAUUUAAAACACACUGAAGAUUCUACAGCACUGAAAAAUGCAAUUCUUGGUCCACAAACAAACGAAUCUGAACAAUCUUCGACUGCUACACCAGAAAAUAUACCUACAGUACACAGCACGAAAACUGAAACUGUUAGCAGCGAAACAGGUGGAUCAUCUCAAGGAUCAACAAUUUCACCCAAAGACGACUUAUCACUACUGGGAGUAAACCUGGAUGCGAUGGUAAGGGAUACGCUGCCUGAUAUGGAUGGCAAUGAUGUUGAUGAGAUAUUUAAAGGCGUGCUCACUGAUGAUUCUCAGGAGUCUCAAGAAUCAUCUGUAUCCUAUGUGAACUCUAUGGCAAGCACGCCGUACUCCCAGCAAAGGCAACAGUUGCAGAGCCCUAUGGAUUAUGCAUCACCAUACCACACCGAAUUUGGUAGCAGUAGCAACAGUGCGCUGAGUCCGCUUUUCUCGGAGUGCGGGUCGGGCGGCUGGGGCGAGCAGGCGGCCGCGCCGCCGCCCUCCUACAACCAGCGCAGCGCCGACAAGAUGCGCGCCGACGAGAGUGAGUGUCCCUCCCCCGCGCCCUCUUAUAGUGCGGCUGUUCUCGGAGUGCGGGUCGGGUGGCUGGGGCGAGCAGGCGGCCGCGCCGCCGCUCCUACAACCAGCGCAGCGCCGACAAGAUGCGCGCCGACGAGAGUGAGUGUCCCUCCCCCGCGCCCUCUUAUAGUGCGGCUGUUCUCGGAGUGCGGGUCGGGCGGCUGGGGCGAGCAGGCCGGCGCGCCGCCGCCCUCCUACAAUCAGCGCAGCGCCGACGAGAGUGAGUGUCCCUCCCCCGCGCCCUCUUAUAGUGCGGCUGUUCUCGGAGUGCGGGUCGGGCGGCUGGGGCGAGCAGGCGGCCGCGCCGCCGCCCUCCUACAAUCAGCGCAGCGCCGACAAGAUGCGCGCCGACGAGAGUGA